AUGGCUAAGCAAAUCGACGGUGACGUACUUCUCAUUAUUGAUGGGCUAGAUGAGAUUGAAGACCGUCGUGCGGACACUAUAGAACUUCUGAGAAGCUUGUGGGGUGAUGUCUCGCCCAAGGUUGAUAAUUCGCUGGUGUCACCAGACACGCUAGGCUUUGCUCCUGCUCUGGAUACUCCACCAGAACUUGUCACUCACGGAUCGCUACAACAUGCUGGAAAUAGCCCAUCUUCUAUCUAUGCCCAUGUAGAGCAAUCAGUAGCUCUAAUUUCGGGAGACACUGCACAUUCUGCUUUGUCGUUCGAUACAACGGCUUCGACUCCGUUCGACAACCCUCACAUCAAGUUACUGUUCGUCAGCCGGACACAGAGGGACAUUGAGUCCAGACUGCACGACUUCGAGCACCAAAAGAUUGAAGCUAGAGAAGUCGAUUUGCUUCUAUAUGUAGCCUCCGAGAUUGACCAUCGAAUUACCAGACGACAAUUGAGGUUUUCGGACAGGAUGUUGAAGGAGGAGAUCAUGGAUGGUUUAGUGAGUAAUGCGCAAGGCGUGUAA